CAACUUAACGCCCCCUGCGCCUUCAACGAUAGCGGUCGGAUCAGGAAUUGAUCAAUUGGACCGAUUAUUAUCAUCGCUGGUCGAAGGAAUCAUUGGAUUUAACGUCCUCACUCGACUGUCCCUGCCUUCUCAGAUCUGACAGGGGCCUCAAACCGCCAACGCCUAUCUUUUAUCAUCGAUUGCCUCAAGGACCAAGGAAUUUUCUAUAUUCUCGACUUCUCUCUAUAGCCACAAUGUCUGCUCGUCCUUUGUCGCUUUGCCUCCGCGCCCGCUGCCUGCCCCGCAGAUCCCAGAACAUCCAGGGUUUCUCAACUCGUACCAACCUCCGUGCCGCUGAUCAUGGUGAUCACUACGACCCUCCAACCGGGUGGCUUUUCGGUGUCAAGCCAGGCCAGAAGUAUGUGAAGGAAGGCUGGGAGAACAUCUGGUACUACGGUUUCAUUGGCAGCUUGCUGGUUGCCGGUGUCGCAUAUGUCUACAAGCCUGACACUUCGAUACAAACAUGGGCUCUUGAAGAGGCACGACGGAGGCUGGAAGCCGAGGGUAUCUUGGAGGAUCCCGAAAAAGCUCAGAGGAAGUAAAAGGACUUUUGUCCGGUUAUUUCCUUGUACAUUGUACAUAGAGCGGUCGGACAUGGAAAACAAUUUCGGAUGAGAUGUUGUACCUGUGCCACCAGACACGAUUUGCAGGCCCGGUCUAAACAGGUCUUUUUAUUUUCUCCACCUUAUUCCUUUUUAUUCUUACAUUCUGCUGUACUCUGUCAACGUAUAUUCCGGGAUGCUUUCACCGAUUGCUUUAGAGAGUUCAGAAACCAGGGAAUGCAACAUCCAAGUGCAAAAAG